AUGAAAGGUGGACAUGCAAGGUGUAAUAGUCAAAAAAAGGGUAAAGCAAAGGCAUCUCAAUUGGUUAUUAAAGGGAUACAUGAAGGUAGUAGCAAGGACUUUGAAGAUGAAGGGCUACAAGAUGUUAUGUUGGUCCAGGAUUUGAAGGGGGAUGCACAUGCUACAGACUUGUUUGCAUCAGGAUACUCAGAGGAUGAGGUGUAUCAUGUACUAUAUGAACAACAUUUAGAUGUUGAAUUUUUGGAUGAAGUUCCACCCGUUCUUGAACCUGUGCAUGAAGAAGUUCCAGAGUUUGAACAAGUUCAACCUGUUCCUGAAGAAGUUCCACAGGUUGGAUAA